CCUCGGUGGACUUUGGAUCUCCUUGUUCCCCUGAAAAAAGAAAAUACACAGGCCAACUUUUUUUUUUACAACAAAAUUGGAAUAACUUCCAGGUUCCAAUAAUUUAAUAUGUGUGAUCUAGUGCAGCCUCAUGCAUGAAUCAACUCAAGUCAAGCUAGGGAAAAGGGAGGAGUUUCAAAAACAAGCCAAGACAUACAUAACGGUUCUUUCGGCACGCUUCGUCCAUAGUAAGACAUGGGGCGUGUCCGUGUCCAACUCCAGCCUAUGCAGAUGCAGUGCAGAGACGUAUUGUGACGUGCGUGUGUGUCCGGUAAAUAUAUAGACCCGCCCGGUAGUGCCGCACCAUCGACGUCGUCCGUCCUUGCAGGGACGUAUAUUUAUCCAGGAACUAGAUCGAGAAGCCUACUCAUGGCUGGACCCGACGAGGCCAGCAAGAUGGUGGCAAUGGCGCGGUCGUGGCCGUGGGUCGGCAUGCUGAUGCCGAUGGUGCUCCGCCACCGGAGGGCACCGGCUUCGUGCUCAGCAUGCGGGAGGGGCAGGACGAGGUGGCCGACGAGUUCCGGGGCGUCACCAUCUGGUGGUCCGCCCUCAAGGAGGACGACUACGACAUGCGGAGGUGCUGCCGCCUCACCUUCCAUCAGAGGCACAGGAAGCUCAUCGUCGACGAGUACCUCCCGCACGUGCGACGGUGCGGGCGCGCCGCCAUGUCCGGCACCCGCCGCCGCCGCCUCCACACCAACAAGACCAACCUCAGCUACUCUGCUAGCAGGAAAGACGUGUGGAGCUACAUCGACUUUCACCAUCCGACAACGUUCGAAACCCUCGCCAUGCACCCCGACAAGAAGCAGAUGAUCAUCGACGACCUCAACGACUUCCGGAGCAGCGAGGACUACUACCUCCGCAUCGGCAAGGCGUGGAAGCGCGGCUACCUCCUCUACGGCCCACCGGGAACGGGCAAGUCCACCAUGAUCGCUGCCAUGGCCAACUACCUCAACUACGACGUCUACGACAUCGAGCUCACCACACUAAAAUCCAAUAAUGACCUACGAAAGCUCUUCAUCGAGACGACGGGCAAGUCGAUCAUCGUCAUCGAGGACAUCGACUGCUCCCUCAACCUAACCGGCAGCCGUGCCGCCAUGGCCCAGCCAAAGCGAGCGGACGGGGCGCCCAAGAAGGGCAGCAUAGUGACGCUGUCCGGACUGCUCAACUUCAUCGACGGGAUCUGGUCGGCACACAGUGGCGAGCGGAUCAUCGUGUUCACCACCAACCACCUGGACAAGCUCGAUGCCGCGCUAAUCCGGCGCGGGAGGAUGGACUUGCACAUUGAGAUGUCCUACUGUGGGUUCGAGGCAUUCAAGACGCUAGCAAAGAACUACAUCGGCGUGGACGCGCACCCGCUGUUUGCGACUCUCGAGGAGCUGCUGCAGGCGGCUCAGAUCACACCCGCAGACGUCGCCGAGUGCCUGAUGGCGUCCAGGCGCAGCUCCCGCGACAUUGAUGCUUGUAUGAGCCGUCUCGUCGAUGAGCUCAUUAAGACGGCCAAAAUAAGCACAACAGCAGACGACGACGACAAGGAUGAUGUUUCACUUAAAAGGGCCAAGGAUAAUGUUGAGAUCAGAGAUGCGGCUGCAAAGCCAAACGGAGGAAGUGAUGGCAGUAGUGAUAUUGGAGACGGUUGUGGUCUUGGGGAUGGUAGUGAUCUUGAAGAUGAUUGUUCAUCUUAUGAUUCUGAUGAUUCAUAUUAGCCACAGUAGCAAGAUACCGUUUGCUGUAUUUUAGAAUGAUGAUUGUCUCUAGGGAGCUAGAUUGUUUACACAACUCGACGAAU